AUGCCCUCUAUCGACUCGCACGCAGGUGUCACUCAGGAAGACGAAAAUGUGAUAGACCUCACCACCGAGGACUCCUCAAACAACGCCCUCUUUUCACCUGAACUCCUCCUGUCGGACUCCGAUCUCAAAGCACAUGUCCCUGGCCCCGAUCUCCCCGUACAGCUCUUCAAGCAGUUCAUCCUACCGAAGAUUUCAGCCUCUCGAGUGACUGCGAAGGUCGAAGUGUGGUUCUCACCUGACCCCCCUAAUCAACCACUCAAACGCCUGCUCCAACGCGAUAUCCCCGCGGACGUCAUCCGUGCCGAUCUCAAUCAAGCAGCGGAGAAGCAACUCAGGGAUGGCCGCCGGUCGAUCUUGCUACCGGGAGCCCAGCUUGAAGAGCGCUAUCCUCCUGCAGCUCUUGACCUAUGGAGGCACCUCGCAACGGCGCAAGACGCGAAGCUCCGAUGGGAGAAGACGACGAAGUGGCUCACAGACUUGGCUGCGGAUCGGAGCCUCGACCCUUCCGUCUGCACGGAGGCAAAGACGAUCUGCGCGACAAUCGUCGACCUGCCGUGGAAGGGGAAGAUGACAGUCAGUGGAGUUCGCACAUGGUCCCUUAUGCUCACUCGCCUGCUCGCAAUGGAACCGCUCUGUGACGAUAUCAUCGACAUGAUGAUGGCGACAUUGAAUCAACGGGCACAAGCGCGGCGGGGCUCAAAGCCGCCGUUCAUCGGGACACUCGCAGUCAUGAAUGAGAUUGUCAAGUUCGGAAACAGGCAAGGUGACACUUACAACAUGCGGAACUUCCGAGUUCUCCACCGCAUCUCCGAUAACGUCAGCAGCGACCCGUCCUUGCACCUGUACUUCCCGUCUCUUGUCCGCAAGAACCACUGGAUCGCUUUCCACGUUGAUUUCGAAUCUGGGAAGAUCGAGUAUGCCGACUCCCUCUCGCUCAACGUUCAGCCACCAAAGUCGGAGCUGUCUGCCGUCGAGAGAUGGCUGAAGGCAGUGUUUCCGCACUGGAAGUUUAUCAGAGAUCGACGUGACGUGGCAACAAUGGAACAAACUCCCCAGCCCGAUAUCAUCUCGUGCGGGCUCUAUGCAGCCAGAGCGGUCGCCCAUGCUGUGUUUGGUGACUCUCUCCUCCAACCGGCGGAUCUUGUUCGAGAGCGGCUUCGUUGGGGGUCUGAGCUGCUCCGGCAGCUACCCGGUCAAAACCCAAUCGCAUCCACAGUGACGGCCGACGUGGAAGCAGCGCAAGCCGGAGCUCUAGCCACGGUGGCGCCAAGCUCAGUAGCAAGCAACGUCGCAGUCGUCACCAAGGCUGUCGCUGUAGAUCAUCCAGAAGCUGGACGUACCAAAGCUGUCGUGAAUGAUCUCCCUUGUGACGCUACUCGACCUUCCGAGGUCGAUCUCCCUUGUGACAUCGCUCGAACUUCGGCCUCUCCUACUGCGUCAUCUGGCGUUGCUGUCACCGUCGUGCUAGCCACAGAAGAGACGACUACAAAAAACAGCAUCAGCACGCAGAAGAGGGACACCCCAACAGACGCUCCACCUACCACGGCGGUCGACGUGCAAGCAACUCCGGUGUCAAGCAUCGGGAACGCACUGCCGUUGUCGGCUUCCUUGUACUCGAUCUUCUCUGGCGGGUUCCGGGAUACCACAGCACCCACCAAGGGCAAGAAGCGGGCGGCGAUAUCAAACGUGUCCGAGGGGAUAGCAUCGAAGAGGCAGAAAACUGAAGGGAAAGCAGUCGGUACAAGCAAAUCAGCCAUAGCGUCCCGAAAAGCGCGCCAGCAGGCUGCAGAAGGGACUUACAAGUGGAAGGCCAAUCUUCUCGCUGUCUGGAAGGCCAAGAUCCUGGAGAUCGAUGAGUACGCGACCAUACACAAGGACAACAUGAAUGUUACGUGCUCACGGUGCAUGUCCCCGACCCGUAUCAAAGAGCCAUACGAUGCGAGUCGCUUCAAAGCGCACUGCAAGACGUGUCAUCCCCUUCGCACUCACCGUCCGGUGACUCUCAAGGCUACAGUGGUGAAUCGCCAGGUGCAUCUGUUACCAUAG